AGAAAUGCAAAGUCGUUGAGCAAUCAAAAUCUGUUCAGGGAGGCACCCUGUUUGUUGCAUUAUAUAUUGCUCUUCAGGCCGUCAGGGUAGGCCUCUCACUUCUACAAAAAGGCAAAAAAAAAUCCACUCUUUUCGAAUAUCGAUUUCAUUUGAGUUUUUGGGUAAUCGAGAUGGAGAUCCCAGGAUCAAGUGAAGAUAAGGAAGAGACGGAUCAGACGUCUGUAUUGGGUACGUUAAUUCCAGGAUUACCCGACGAGUUGGCGGAGUUAUGUCUUCUUCGUCUCCCAUUCCCGAAACAAUCUUCAGUACGCACCGUUUCAUCUUCAUGGAACAGAGCCAUAUCGAACCCUUAUUUCCUUCUCUGCAAGCGAGCAUUAUCACUCUCUUUGCCUUACAUCUUCGUUUUCGCACUUGACAAUUCAGCGGCUACGAUUCAAUUCCAUGUGUUCGACCCGCGAUCCAGCCGUUGGUGCCGCUUACCUCCCAUUCCGGGCGCCACUUGUGCAACUGAGUAUGUCUGCACUUCAUUGCCUCACGAGGGAAAGCUCUUCGUUCUCGCUGGUUCUUCCAUGCGUAUCUACCGUCCGUUCUCAAAUCAAUGGUCAAUAGCUUCACCAGUGUUGGCCCCACGAUCGUUCGUCGCUGCGGGGACUGUGAAUGAUAAGAUCAUAGCCGUCGGAAGAAGUGGGUCCAGAAGCAGUGAGCCAUUCGUAGACGUCCAAUCCUACGACCCUAAAUCUGAUACGUGGACCAAGGGUGCUAAACUACGCACUGAGUUAGCUAAACAUAACUCAGCGGUGGUGGAGAACAGACUGUACGUGGCGGAAGAGUGGAUGUGGCCUAUUAGGUCUUCUCCGAGAGGUUGUCUAUACGACGCCGUGAAUGACACGUGGCAGGAUAUGAGUGACGGUAUGAGAGCAGGAUGGUCGGGUGGCAGUGUGGUGCUCGGUGACAGGCUGUUCUUGGUCUUACAGUACGGUGACCGUCCGUUGAAGGUGUACGACCCUGAUGAUGACACGUGGAAUUACGUUGGUGGCGAGAUGUUCCCUCGUGAUGUGAUACGGAGGCCUUUCGCCGUGAGUAGCGUGGAAGGGAAAAUAUACGUGGUGGCAAGUGGGUUAAAUGUUGCAAUUGGGAGGGUAUUUGGGGAAAAUAAUAAGGACCUUUGUGUCACGUGGGAGCUUGUGAUUCGUCCAGAAGGUUUUUGUAGUUUAUCCCCUUCAAACUGCCAAGUGCUUUAUGCCUAGAGCAAGUUACAUAAUAUUCACGGAAAGUUAAUAAAAUCGAAUCGAAUCGAAUCGAAUCAAAUCACAA